GUUGGUUCGGAGUUUUUGGAUCCAGUCCGACCUGCUGGAGAGGAACCAGAGCUCGGCCCGGUUCCUGCUGCAGAUAAGCUACAGCGAGUGAAAGUUUGGGGAAGUCUCCCGCUCCGUUUCUGGUGACAUCAGGAGAGAGAGAGCCGGGGGGAGGCGCUCUGCUGCGGGGGACCCGCAUGCUCCGCGCAGGUCGCUCCAGUCUGCCGCGCCGCUGCGCUCCGGAACUUUUCCUGCAGCAGCGGAGGAUGUUCAGUUCGGAGGUCCCAGCCAAGCAGAACGCUUCCACCGGGUCGGCUCGGGUCCGGACCGGGUUCUGACCGCCGUGUGAGUGGAUCCGUGGCUCCGAGGCGCUUUGGGGAGAUUUUACGCGCAGCUUUGUUUCAAAGCGGAGAAACUUCCAAACCCACGGGAGAAAGUUUUCACUUGGAGGAAACCGAACCGAUCCUCCUUCCUCGGAGUCGCCGCUGUGAACCCAGCCUGUCGGAACCGGGAUAUGUGUGUGAGCGGGUCGGAGAGGCGCGCCGGACUCCGGGUCUGGGCUCCGCUGCUCGCCGCGCUGCUGUGGGCCGCCGCGGCGCAUGGAUGCCCACACAAGUGCAGCUGCUCCGGGUCGCAUGUGGACUGCCAGGGUCUGGGUCUGAAGACGGUACCCAAAGGAGUCCCGCGGAGCGCAGAGCGCCUGGAUUUAAACAGAAACAACAUCACCAGAAUUACUAAAGUGGACUUUUCUGGACUGAAGAACCUCAGGAUUCUCCACCUGGAGGACAACCAGAUCAGCGUCUUGGAGAGAGGAGCCUUCCAGGACCUCAGGCUGCUGGAGAGGCUACGCCUGAACAGAAACAAGCUGCAGUUCCUCCCAGAGCUUCUCUUCCAGUCCAACCCCAAACUGGGCCGAGUGGAUCUCAGUGAGAAUCAGAUCCAGGCCGUUCCACGGAAAGCCUUCAGAGGAAUCACCAACGUGAAGAACCUGCAACUGGACAGCAACCACAUCAGCUGCAUUGAAGAUGGAGCUUUCCGAGCACUGCGCGAUCUGGAGAUCCUCACCCUCAACAACAACAACAUCACCCUCAUCCCGCUGUCCAGCUUCAACCACAUGCCCAAGCUCCGGACGCUCCGUCUGCACUCCAACAGCCUCCACUGCGACUGCCACCUGGCCUGGCUCUCUGAUUGGCUGAGGGCCCGGCGGGGCUUGGCCCCCUUCACACAGUGCAUGUCCCCGGCUCACAUGAGGGGCCUCAACGUCCCCGACGUCCAGAAGAAGGACUUCAUCUGCAACGGUCCGGCGCAGACGGAGCCGAGGGCGUGUGCACCUCAGGUCGCAGUCUGCCCCCCCAGCUGCAGCUGCAACAACAACAUCGUGGACUGCCGGCGGAAAGGCCUGACGGAGAUCCCAGCCAACCUCCCAGAGGGCAUUGUGGAAAUCCGUUUGGAGCAGAACCUGAUCAAAAGCGUCCCGCCAGGAGCGUUUACAGCCUACAAGAAGCUGAAGAGAAUAGACCUGAGCAAGAACCAGAUCUCCGAUGUGGCAGCGGACGCCUUCAGCGGACUGCGGUCGCUCACUUCACUGGUUCUGUAUGGCAACAAGAUCGCUGAGUUACCAAAAGGAAUAUUUGAUGGACUUUCUUCCCUGCAACUACUAUUACUGAAUGCCAACAAGAUCAACUGUCUGAGAGUGAAUACCUUCCAGGACCUGCAGAACCUGAACCUCCUGUCUCUGUAUGACAACAAGCUGCAGAGCAUCAGUAAAGGCCUCUUCGCCCCGCUGCGCUCCAUCAAGACUCUCCACCUGGCCCAGAAUCCCUUCAUGUGCGACUGUCACCUGAAGUGGUUGGCUGACUUCCUGUUCGAUAAUCCCAUCGAGACCAGUGGCGCGCGCUGCAGCCACCCGCGCCGGCUGGCCAACAAACGCAUCAGCCAGGUCAAAGGCAAGAAGUUCAGGUGCACAGGUCAGGAGGACUACCGCAACCGGCUGAGUGGGGAGUGUUUCCAGGAUCUGGUGUGUCCGGAGAGAUGUCGCUGUGAAGGCACCGUGGUGGACUGCUCCAACCUCAAACUGACCCGGAUUCCUCCACACAUCCCUGAACACACCACCGACCUGCGGCUAAACGACAAUGAAAUCUCCGUUCUGGAAGCUGCUGGGACGUUCAGGAAGCUGCCCAACCUCAAGAAAAUAAACCUGAGCAACAACAAGCUGAGAGAUCUGAGAGAGGGCGCCUUCGACGGCGCCGCCGGCGUGCUGGAGCUGCUGCUAACCGGGAACAAGCUAACCGCGCUGCAGGGACGCAUGUUCAGGGGCCUGAGCGGCCUCAAGACCCUCAUGCUGCGCAGCAACCAGAUCAGCUGCAUCGAUAACGGGACCUUCAGUGGCCUGAGCUCGGUGCGCCUCCUCUCCCUCUACGACAACCGGAUCUCCAGCAUCGCCCCGGGGGCCUUCGCCACCCUGCACUCGCUCUCCACCAUUAACCUGCUGUCCAACCCGUACGUGUGCGACUGCCACCUGGCCUGGCUGGGCCAGUGGCUGAAGAAGACCCGGGUGGUGAGCGGGAACCCGCGCUGCCACAGGCCCGGUUUCCUGAAGGAGAUCCCCAUCCAGGACGUAGCCACGCCCGACUUCACCUGCGACGGUGGCGAGGAAAAUGGCUGCCUUCCUGCGUCUGGUUGCCCUGACGUCUGCACAUGCUCAGACGGAGUGGUGCGCUGCAGCAACCGCGGCCUGCACGCGCUGCCCAAGGGCAUCCCCAAGGACACCACGGAGCUGUACCUGGAGGGGAACCAGCUGUCGUCGGUUCCGAAGGAGCUGGCCGCCCUGAAGCAGCUCUCCCUGGUGGAUUUGAGCAACAACAGCAUCAGCACAGUGGCUCCCUUCACCUUCAGCAACAUGACUCAGCUGGCCACGCUCAUCCUGAGCUACAACCAGAUCCGCUGCGUCCCGCUCCACGCCUUCGACGGACUGCGCUCGCUGCGCCUGCUGACUCUCCAUGGAAACGACCUUUCAACCAUCCCCGAAGGCGCGUUUGGCCACCUCACCUCCCUGUCCCACCUAGCCCUCGGCGCCAACCCGCUGUACUGUAACUGCGACCUGCGCUGGCUGUCUCAGUGGGUCAAGGCCGGCUUCAAGGAACCCGGCAUCGCUCGCUGUGCCGGACCUACAGACAUGGCUGACAGGCUGCUGCUCACCACGCCGCUCAACAGGUUCCAGUGUAAAGGUCCUGUGGACAUCAGUCUGAUGUCGAAGUGCGCCCCCUGCCUGUCAGCUCCCUGCAGGAACAACGGCACCUGCGUCUCUGGCACUGCAGGCUCCUACCGCUGCACCUGUCCGUUCGGGUUCAAGGGUCAGGACUGUGAGGUGGCCAUCAACGCCUGCAUCAGCUUCCCGUGUCAUAAUGGAGGAACCUGCCACAUCCCACCUGGACGGGACGACCAGUUCAGUUGUGUGUGUUCGCCAGGCUUCGAGGGUCCGCGCUGUCAGAUAAAUCCUGAUGAUUGCGACGACAACGACUGUGAGAACAACUCCACCUGCAUCGACGGCGUCAACAACUACACCUGUCUGUGCCCGCCCAACUACAGCGGUGACCUGUGUGACGAGGUGGUGGACCCGUGUCUCGCUGGCUUCGACCCGUGUCAGCAUGACUCCAAGUGCGUCCAAGUCGGCCGCAGCUACAGGUGCGAGUGUCCGCCGGGCUUCGUGGGCCAGCGCUGCGAGCUGGACUACGACGACUGUCUGGAGAACAAAUGCCAGCAUGGAGCCGAGUGCGUGGACGCCGUCAACGGAUACACCUGCGUCUGCAAGGAGGGCUUCAGUGGGCUGUUCUGUGAGAACCCUCCACCAAUGAUCUUGCUGCAGACCAGCCCCUGCGACCAAUCAGAGUGCCAGAAUGGCGGCCAGUGCCUGCUGGUUGCCGGGGAACCCAUCUGCCGCUGCAUACCUGGUUACUACGGCAACAAGUGCGACAAAAUCUCCACCGUCCACUUCCUGGGUCGAGACGGGUUCGUGGAGCUGCACGGCACCAAGCUGCGACCGACGGCACAUAUUUCACUGCAGGUGGCCACUGAUAAGGACAACGGCGUCCUGCUGUAUAAGGACGACCUCGACCCGCUGGCGCUGGAGCUGUACCAGGGACACAUCCGCCUCAUUUAUGACAUCACCCACUACCCGCCCACCACCGUCUACAGUGUGGAGUCGGUCAGCGACGGACUCUUCCACACCGUAGAGCUGCUGAUCCAGAACCGCUCACUCAGCCUGGUGGUGGACAACGGCGCCCCCAAGAGUCUGGGCAAGCUGGGCCGCCAGCCCUCCGUCGACCACAACACCCAGCUCUACAUCGGCGGAGUGCCCCCCCUGGUGGCGGCCUCAGGGCUGCGUCCCGGCCCGGAGCGUCCUCCUCCGGGUUUCGACGGCUGCAUCCACAACGUUCGGAUCAACGGAGAGAUGCAGGACCUGAGCUUCAGAACCGCAGCAGAACCGCCGGGCAAGGGCCCGGCGGUUCUGGUCGGGUGCCACGCUUGUAGUGUGUGCGCAGCUGGAGCCUGCAGGGAGGGAGGUCAGACCGGGGUCACCUGCAGCUGCCCUCCGGGCCGGAUGGGGGCGCUGUGCGACGAGACUGCGGCCAGCGACCCCUGUCAGAACAUCAGGUGUGUCCAUGGUACCUGCGUUGCCACGGCGCAGGCCUACAGCUGCCGCUGCGCUGACGGCUACCAGGGCCCGUCCUGCGACCGCCCUGCCUGCAGCUGCGCCCACGGAGAGUGCCGGACCUCCGAGUCCGGGGUUCUGGUCUGCCACUGCGAGCCGGGCUUCACCGGACCCGCCUGCAACACAGAGCUGCGCUGUCAGGGCGAGAUGCUGCGGGAGCAGCUGAAGCGGCACCAGGCCAUGCGGACCUGCACCUCCACCAGCAGGGUGCCGCGCGUGGCAUGUCCCCGGUCCUGCCAGGCGGCGGCGCCGCCCGGUGUCUGCUGUGGCGUCACCAAGACGCGCCGGCGGAAGGUGGCGUUCCGCUGCACGGACGGGUCGUCGUACUCAGAGGAGCUGGAGACGGCCCUGGAGUGUGGCUGCGGCCGGUGCCCGCUGUAGGCCCCGCCCACCAGAUGUAGGCCCCGCCCACCAGAGGAGCGGCCCUGGACGAGCAGAACAGACACUCAGAGAAAAUAUAUUGUAAAAUAUAUGUGAGAAACAUAGAACUUAUUUUUAUUAUGGAUUUUUCUAAGAUGAUAAAAGAACUCAUAAGUUGUUUUUAAUGUUUCAUAGUAUAAAAAUAUUUUCUACCUUUGUAAUAAACUAGAUUAACAUUCCUUAAAGUAUCUGAAUUUAAAAGUUUUAAUGUAAAUCUUUAUCAAUAUUUCCUCUAACCAAACGAUCCUGAUGUAUUAGCAUGACGUCAAUGUUAGAAGAGGCUCCGCCCACCAGGACUCGGACCGCUGCGCCUACAGGCCAAACCAGGUGUCUGCACCCAGAUCUCCUUCACACUGGACCCCUCUGACCUCUGACCUCAGCUGCAGUCCAGUCUCCUCCAAACUCCUCUCAAGGCUCAGUUUCUUUUGCAUUUUUUCCUUCCACUCAACUUUCUAUGAGCAUCUCUUUCUUCCUCUGAGGAUCGACUCGAGGUCGUGAACCAGAUUCAGUUUUGAUCAGAUUAAUAGAUGAAUUAUUGGAGGUCAAUCAGAGAUUCCUCCUCAGGGAUCCAGCAGGUCCGCCUGACCAGAACCACCUGCAGUCGCCUUAUCGCCAUGGAAACCAGCUCUUCUUCUUCUGUGCCUUUCUGCAGUCAGAUGUUUUCUGUCCCGUCCAGCUGCUGUGGAUGGUUUGGAUGUUUCCGAGGUUCUGCCGACCCGGACCGAACUGGACUGAACCGGAUCGGUGGUUCUGAAACCGAUCCAGCAGCGUAACGAUGAAUGUGAAACUCCUCUUCCUCCUCCUCUUCCUCUCAGCCUGACGCCACAGAAACAAAAUGGAUUCUGUCUCUAAAUGGGAAACUGUUAAAGAUUCACAAUUUGAACAUUUUUUUUUCCGCUUUUGUUUCUGCUACUUCUAAAAAACGACCAAACGCUAAAAAAACCCAGCUGGUUUUUUUUUUUACAAUAAUUUUAGGUUUUUCAGUGUCUUGAAAAUGAGCCAAUCAGCAGGCACUGCCCUGUUACCUAGCAACCCAGAGAACUCCCGCCCCGUUACCUAGCAACCAGAGCAGAGGUCCAUUCCGAUACCAGCUGGUUUUUAUUUUAUAUUUUGUAAAGACACGACAUCAAAACAAGCUAUUAAGAAAUUUGACUCGUAUAAAUAAGCUAAUAAAAUUUGAGCUAAAACCAAAACAAAGUUUAAUAAUAUUUCACACUUGUUAAUUGUGUAGGAGUCUCUACUUCUGCUUUUCAAAGAUGCACGGUGCUUUGCAGCCAUUUUCAGCUGAGGGUAAACUUUGAGUUGGGGGCGUGGCCAGCAGCAGCUUAUUUGGAUUUAAAGUGACAGUGCCCUAAAAAAGCUCACAGAAGUAAAAUUACCUAAGAAUUGUUUUGUGCAAAAAAUGUAAGGAACAUGUUUUGUGUAGACCACAGGCUGCCCCUCUGUAUGGGGUGGAGAGCCAACCCCAGUUUUACCAAACACCAGCAGCUCCUGUCAUGACUCCUCCUCUUCCUCCACUGGACAGUAGCUUCAUACAGGAAGUGUAAUAGGGCGGCCAUCUUGGAACUACUGGAAUGUUUUUAGUUUUGUUUACAUCGAACCUUGAGCGACUAAACCUGCAGCACUACUUCUUCCUUCUUCUGCCCCCUCCAGUCAUCCCAGACACCCAUCUGACUCCUCCCACUAUGACUCCUCCUACACGUGGCUCCGCCCACUCCAUGGCCCCGCCCAUCGCGCCCUGCCUUAUGAUAAAGGUUCAUUGUGAACAGAGUAAACCUCAGCUACUAGUUAUUGACAGUAACUAAACGGAUCUGUACUCACCUGUGAAGGUCGUAGGUUACAUUUCAUUAAUUAUGUGAUUAUAACUGAUGGUUUAAUUGAAUGUUGGAAUUAAACGUUUAUUGAAACCAG